CAAGGUGGAAGGUGUAUCAACAAAUAUAUUUAGCCAUGAUGUCAUGUUGUUAAGGUUUAUAAUACAACUUGAAUAAUUAAAGAUUGACAGUCGUUAGCCAGCGUUCGCUAAGAUAGUGUGCGGUACCUGUUUAAAUUUAUUUACUUAAGUUUUAUUCAACAUUUUUUUUCGUUUUAUUCCUAGUCAGUUUGGAUUUUAAGCAACCAUGAGCAACCAACAGUAUUACCCAUUCAAAUGCACACCAACCGUGUACCCAGCCGAUCCCUUCGACCCCGUGGCCGAUGCCACCACGCUUAAGAAGGCCAUGAAGGGCUUCGGCGCCGACGAGAAAGCCAUCAUCGACGUGCUGGCACGCAGAGGCAUCGUCCAGCGUCUCGAGAUCGCCGAAACCUUCAAGACCUCCUUCGGCAAAGACCUCAUCUCCGAACUCAAGAGCGAGUUGGGCGGCAAAUUCGAAGACGUCAUGGUCGCCUUGAUGACACCACUUCCACAAUUCUAUGCCAAAGAACUUCACGACGCCGUCGCAGGAGUGGGGACCGAUGAAGAGGCCAUCAUCGAGAUCCUGUGCACUUUGAGCAACUAUGGUAUCCGCACCAUUGCCCAAUUUUAUGAACAAAUGUAUGGCAAACCUCUAGAAAAAGACUUAAAAGGAGAUACCUCAGGACACUUUAAAAGAUUAUGUGUCAGCUUAGUACAGGCCAACCGUGACGAGAACCAAGGCGUAAACGAAAGCCAAGCGGCUGCCGAUGCCGAGGCUUUGAUCGAGGCUGGCGAAUCCAAAUGGGGAACCGAAGAGUCCAUGUUCAACUCCAUCCUUAUCACCAGAAGCUACCAACAAUUGAGAGCCACCUUCUCCGAGUACGAAAGGCUUUCCGGAAAGGACAUCGAGUCAGCCAUCAAAAAGGAAUUCUCAGGGACCAUCCAAAAGGGACUGUUAGGAAUCGUAAAAUGUGUAAAGAGCAAAGUAGGCUACUUUGCCGAACGCCUCCACGAAAGUAUGGCCGGUUUGGGAACCAACGACAAAACUUUGAUCCGCAUCAUCGUUUCCAGAUCUGAAAUCGAUCUGGCUGAUAUUAAACAAGCCUUCAUGGACAAAUACGGAAAGACUUUGGAAAGUUGGAUCACCGAUGAUGUUCCAAGUGAAAUUAAAUACGUCUUGAGAACCUUAGUCGCUAUUGGUUAAAUAUUGUCCACUUACAUGUUGCCCGAUGGUUCAAAAUUGCUGUCCCAUCAUUUUACAUUAUAAGAUGUUCUUUUAGCUUAGUGGCCUUAAAUUUCAGAGUUAUAUUUUAUAAUAUAAAACAAAGAGUAUUUAACGUUGUUGAUUAAUAUAUUUAUAAUAUAAUAGAUAUAUAUUAUACAAAUAAUUCCCUAAUUACGGUUUCAUCGUGGUGUAGGCCGUUUUUCUUUUUUUUUCUUUUUUUUAUUCCAUUCACAUCUUUUAUAUCUUUCGUAUUUUGUAAGUGUUUAUUAUAAAUGUGCUUUAUUGGUG